GUGCGGUUACAUUGAGUUCAGUCCUCAGCACUAGCUGUGGUACCAUGAAGUAAAAAGGCAUUUUUAAAUUUCGAAACGAAUGCUUAUCUCAUACUCAAAGAUAAUCGCAGUUUGAGUUAAAGACCAAAUUGAAAUGUUUGUUGGUAGAUAGCGAGCAGGCAUCGCUUACACACUGACUGAGCAGCCUGGUUACUGUGGAGCAGAGCAGUCAGUCAAGAUGGACACCGCGGAAGAAGCGGACAUCUGUCGGGUAUGUCGGUCGGAGGGGACCCAGGACAAGCCACUCUAUCACCCUUGUGUCUGCACUGGCAGCAUCAAGUUUAUCCAUCAGGAAUGCUUGCUGCAGUGGUUGAAACACAGCAGAAAAGAAUACUGUGAAUUAUGCAAACACAGGUUUGCGUUUACACCAAUCUACUCUCCAGACAUGCCAUCUCGCUUACCUGUCCAGGACAUCUUUGCAGGGCUGGUCACCAGUAUUGGAACAGCCAUCAGAUACUGGUUUCACUACACACUGGUGGCCUUUGCCUGGCUAGGUGUGGUGCCUCUCACAGCAUGUCGAAUCUACAAGUGUUUAUUUACCGGCUCUGUGAGCUCUCUCCUUACCCUGCCAUUAGAUAUGCUUUCAACACAAAACCUGCUUGCCGACUGCCUCCAGGGCUGUUUUGUGGUCACUUGCACGCUGUGCGCCUUCAUCAGCCUGGUGUGGCUCAGAGAACAGAUAGUCCAUGGUGGUGCCCCUCAGUGGUUAGAGCAGAAUCAGCCUCCUCUGGUUCCUAACCAGCCUAACGGUCCUGCACCAGCUAAUGAGGGUCCAGGUGGUAACGCUGCAGUCAACGCCCAGGCUGCUGCGGACGCUGCAGCAGGCCAGAACCCUGCAGACCCUGGUCCAGACGAGCCGGCACCCGCCAACCCACAUGAAGCCGGCAACCAGGGAAAUGAGGCUGAACUCGAUGACGAUGAAGAAGAUGAAGAUGGGGAGGAUGAUGAAGAGGAUGAAGAUGAUGAAGGCAGGGAAGAAGAUGCUGCUGAUGCCAAUAACGGAGGGCAAGAAGAUUUGAACUGGAACGCUCUGGAGUGGGACCGUGCAGCAGAGGAACUCACCUGGGAAAGGAUGCUGGGGCUGGAUGGCUCUCUUGUUUUCUUAGAGCAUGUCUUCUGGGUGGUGUCACUCAACACACUCUUCAUCCUGGUCUUUGCUUUUUGCCCCUAUCACAUCGGCCAUUUCUCAGUGGUUGGACUGGGCUUUGAGGAAUAUGUCAGAGCUUCACACUUUGACGGUCUCAUCACCACCAUACUGGGGUACAUCCUGCUGGCCGGAGCUCUCAUAGUCUGCCAUGCUUUGGCUUCGUUAGUGAAGUUCCAGCGCUCCAGACGCCUCCUGGGUGUCUGCUACAUUGUUGUCAAGGUGUCCUUGCUGGUUGUCAUGGAGAUAGGCUUGUUCCCACUGAUUUGUGGUUGGUGGCUCGACAUUUGCUCACUGGAGAUGUUUGAUGCCACUCUGAAAGACAGGGAGCAGAGUUUUGACUCGGCCCCCGGAACCACCAUGUUCCUCCACUGGCUGGUCGGCAUGGUCUACGUCUUCUACUUCGCCUCCUUCAUCCUUCUGCUCAGGGAGGUGCUCCGGCCCGGUGUGCUCUGGUUCCUGAGGAACCUGAAUGAUCCAGACUUCAACCCAGUCCAAGAGAUGAUCCACCUUCCCAUCUACAGACACCUCCGGAGGUUUAUACUCUCUGUGGUGGUGUUUGGUUCCAUAGUUCUGCUGAUGCUUUGGCUUCCUAUCAGGAUCAUUAAAGUGCUCUUCCCAAACUUCCUUCCCUACAAUGUCAUGCUUUACAGCGACGCUCCGGUUAGCGAGCUGUCGUUGGAGCUGCUGUUACUGCAGGUUGUCCUGCCGGCGUUGCUGGAGCAGGGUCACACUCGCCAGUGGCUCAAACGUCUCGUCCACGCCUGGACAUUCACCGCCGGAUACAUGCUUGAUCUCCACUCCUACCUGCUGGGGGAACAUGAAGAUGAUGACAACCAACCAAACAAUAACCCUCCCGGUCGCCAUAACAACAACAGGAUCCCCGGCCUAGGGGAGGGGCUUCACGCCGCCCAUCAGGCCAUCUUGCAGCAGGGCGGCCCUGUAGGUUUCCAGCCGUACCACCGGCCCAUCAACUUUCCCCUCAAGAUCGUUCUGCUGGUCGUUUUCAUGUGUGUGACGCUGCUGCUGGCUAGUCUGAUCUGCCUCACGCUGCCCGUGUGCGUGGGCCGCUGGCUGAUGUCGUUCUGGAUGGGCAGCGCCAUGGUUCAUGAGCUGUACACAGCAGCCAGCGGUCUGUACGUCUGCUGGCUGUCCAUCCGAGCCGCCACCGUGCUGCUGUCCUGGAUGCCACAGGGACGGAUGGUCAUCAUGAUCAAAGCUCAGGAGUGGACACUCAUGAUCCUGAAGACCAUAGUGGUUGCUAUGCUGUUAGCUGGGGUGAUUCCUCUGCUGUUGGGUCUGCUGUUUGAGCUGGUCAUCGUUGCUCCUCUCAGAGUCCCACUGGACCAGACACCUCUCUUCUACCCCUGGCAGGACUGGGCCCUGGGCGUGCUCCAUGCUAAAAUCAUUGCUGCCAUCACACUGAUGGGUCCUCAGUGGUGGCUCAAAACAGUCAUCGAGCAGGUGUAUGCUAACGGUAUCCGAAACAUCGACCUCCAUUUCAUUAUUCGAAGGCUGGCUGCUCCAGUCAUCUGCGUCCUGCUGCUGUCUCUCUGUGUGCCCUACACCAUCUCUAAAGGCAUAACGCCCCUGCUGGGUGUACAACCAGAGAUGCAGACUCUAGUGGACAGGAGGAUCUACCCGUUCCUUCUGAUGGUGGUCAUACUGCUGGCCAUUCUGUCCUUCCAGAUCCGACAGUUCAAACGCCUUUACGAGCACAUCAAGAACGACAAAUACCUGGUGGGACAGCGACUGGUGAACUACGAACGUAAAACAGGCAGGAGCACGUCGACCUCCUCCUACAGCACCUCCUCGUAGACCCGACGCUGCUGUACGAUCAGUGGAGCUGACUCGCUCUGCCCAGCGCCGGGAGCUAACGUCAACUCCUGCGGUGAAACGUCUUUAUUUUGUUUCCUCCCUGCUUGGCUGUCUAAUGUCAACUUCAAACACAACCUGUAAAACGUUUGACCGCAACUGAAUCUUAUACUCACCAACAUGAACCACAAUCACGGGUUGUGAGACAAAGACCGGGACAAAUAUGUUGAAAAGAGAGGACGAAACUAAAGCCUGACAGAAAAUUAGAUUUGCUAAAGGUCGAUAAACCCACCUGCAAAAACUGAAACUUAAGCAGAACCACAAAGUUGUCCAUCCUGUUAAAUGUGUGAUUUUUUUUUUUCUGUCGUCAACUCAGCUGACAUUUUCAGUUAGAUUUGCAUUAUUUUAAAAAAAGGUUUGAGUUGAAGAUGGAACAGCUGAGCAUAGCUUUUUACCUCAGAUUGUGCUUCCCUUUUGAAUGUGUGUUGUGAAAUGUUGUCUAGGUCACACUGGGUAUCUCUUAAUGGGACGUUUGUGACAUUUCAGAGCUGUGAAGGAGAUAUUCUCUGUGGUUCUGUUGCUGAUGUAGAUUCGUCUCAAAUGACAUCCUUCGUCAAAAUGAGGUUGUCAGUAAUAAGGAGGGAAAUACAUAAUGUAGCAAUGUGAUUGUAUUUUUAUUUUUUAUUUUAGAUGUUUUUAUUAGAUGUGUUUCAUUGAUUUUUUUUUUUUUUUUUUUUUAGUGUUACAUUUCUGGAGUGAGCUGUUAGAUAGUCCAGUGAGGACUCGUUUGAACUAAAGAAAAAGAAAGAAACAAAGGAGAAAAAUGACAUUUUAGACAAUCUGGACACACCACAAGACAUGUUCUAAUUUGUUCUCCUGUCAAUUUUAAAAACAGCUCCGGCUCUGUCGUACCUUCCUGUACUCCUGGUUUGUCACAGACGUCUUAGACGAGGCAAAUCCACCUUCAGGAGAGGUUGAAAAACGUUACACAUUGGAGCGCACCACACAGGAAGUGAGGUUUCAACUAAGAACAUUUAAACUGGAAAAAUGUCUCAGAACAUUUCAGAAUGUGCAUCCGUUGAUUUUUUAUUAUAGAAAUUUCUAUUCUAAAAGGAAAGACUGAUCCUCUGUGGCUUGUAGUGCUGCUGAUCAGCUGUUCAGACACCUGUCUGAGUUCUAACAGCUAAAAACAAAGACGAGUAAAUUAUUCUGAGAGGUGUUAAAAACAAUCACCAGCUUUUACAGCUAGCAAACUGAAAUGAACCAAUCUCAGUUAGAGCAGUAACAGAGUAAAACUAUUCGGUAAAUGCAGUUUUACUCAGGAAUUUGGUCUGCAGAGCUGCCAUGUUUACCUUUACAUUUCCCAGCUUAUAAAAACUCAAAAGGUUUUUAUUUUUUUCUCCACUGUGACGUCGCUCUGAUUAAUUAUGCAACCAGUCACUGUCACCUGCCGAGCUGAAUCAUCUCAUAAUCAGUUUAGUUUCUGUAUGACCUUCCUAGUGAGAUAUAGCUCUUCUGCUCCAGUUCCCUGAAGGUUGACGUUAUAUUUCAUCAAAUUUUCUUCUAACAUUAGUGUUAUUUAAGUUAGACGACGCAGCACGCCUCCGCUGUAACACUGCUCUGAUGUUUACCAGCCUGAAAGAAGUAAAAGGAAAAUCUGAUAACGAAGCGGCCGAUCUUUAGCGGAUUAUAUGAUUCUGACAGCUAAAUGCCAACUGAAGAACAGUUAGCCAUCUGUUGAAGAACAGGCAGCUGGCCGUGGAAAAAAAACAAAUAAAAUAAAAAAAAUCCCAUCUUUUCAAAAUCAUGUUUUAUUUUGAAAAAGCCACUGCUAAAUAUUUAAAUAAGUGCACUUGAAAAUAGACCUGAAUCCCACUGCAUGUGUGCUGACUCAACAUGUAGUUUCUGUGUAAAAUGUCUACACAGAAAGCAUCUUUACCCCCUUUGCAAGUUAAUUAGCACCUAAUCUAAUAAACCUAAUAAACUAAUCUUGUACCUGUUAUGUGCUGAAGCAUGAACUGACACAAGUCUUCAUAAACACUAAAUGUUUCUUCACAUGAUUUCACUAAAGGAACUCAUGUUGCAACACCAGUACAGUUUCCACACAGUGCGGUAAUGCAGGCGUGUAUGAAUUUCACGGUAUUUCAGCAGUUUGGUUUCUCUCCAGUGUGGAUACACUGGUGAAUCUUGUAAACGCUUAAGACUCCUGUGCGAGUUCAUGUCUAACUGGAAAGGAUUUGCGGUUCAGUAGGAGGAUCAUCAGUUGAAGAGAGGGACUCGUGAAGGUGAAAGGGUCUUGUCGUGUUGAAGAGGUACUGAGUAGAAAGUGCGGGAAAAGUCUCUGCUCCUGAAUCUAACACGAUUCUCUUUCUUUGAUCGUUGACUGCCUGACGUCUGACUCCACCUGGGAGCUGAUUAGGUUGCUGCACCCUGAGUCUCUCUCACUUUGAUCUGCUUCCCUAUUUUUUUGAGGGGUGAGUCAGUUUUGGCUAAUGUUUUAACUCUCACAGAUUCAGGAUCAACGGGUUCCUCUAUGGAUGAGAAGUCACAGGGAGGCAGAAGAAACUCUCAUUUCUCCUUCUUCAUUCUCAAACCUAUAUCAGCAUUAAUCCAAAAUUCUUAUGUAACUUCAGGCUCUAGUGUGAAGAGCAAUGAGCCGUCAUUGCUCAUUGUGGCGUUAGAGGGGAGUGAGGUGCGUUGUUGGAUAUGGUACCUCCUGCUGCUCCAUUAAGCUGAGAGCUGGACUGUAGUCUGUUAAUGUCGUCUCUUCAUCUCCUUCACCUUGUCUAAUAUUCUUAUGGUUAUUAUUUAAAUAUCACUAAAAAAGGAUCACGUUGUAAAAGAAAGGGUAGUUAGGAGAGAAAUCAGGCUGGUUCUCAGUGGCUCGUUGAAUAGAGUCGACACUUCGUGAAGAAGAACGGUGCAAGCUAAAUCUUUAUCUACACCAACAGUUUUUGUUGCAUUUAUAAACUCAGAACAGAUGUGCAUGAAAUGAGUCUGUACCUGGGCAGCAAAAAUAUAAUGAAUAGAAACGCAAGGCCACGCGUAAAUAAUCUCUGCAAAAUAUCUUUUUGUUUUUUUAAUAAACUUUGGUCCACAGGUUUACAAUUUAAAGGAAUAGUUCCUCAAUUUUGGAAAAAUACGCUCAUCCACUUUCUUGCCAAGGGCUGGAUGAGGAGAUCAGAGCUACAGACAGAGCCUAGCUCUCACUGUAGGUGAAAAAAUACCAACACCUCUAAAGCUCACUAAUGAACAAACAGAUCUUGUUUUGUUAAAUGCGUGCAGAAAAAGAUUUGUAAUAAGAGCAAUUAUGGUUUUUAUGGGGGGUUAUGCAUCAGAACUAUAUCUUGGCUGGAUGCAGUGACUUCCUGGAGGUUGUCUGGCAACCUCACAGUGACAGUGUGCAGACAUGUGAAUGGUAUUGAUCUACUCAUCUAAGUUUCUGCAAGAAAGUGAAUAAGCACAUUUCUCUAAAUGGCAAACUGUUCCUUUAAGGUUCCAAACAUUUCAGUUUCUACAACUACUUGUACUCCCAAAACGGUCUUUGCAUGUGGAUGUAAAAUCAGUAUCCAAGUGUUGUUCUCCCAAUGUCUCACAUGUGUGACCAUUUUCUCUAAGAUUCAAAACUGUCUGAAGUCAUAUUCUUAGAACCAACACUGAACCAAACCAUUACAAAUAAAUUAAAGAUUAAAAUCUUGUUUAGGUUCUCUGAACUGCAAGAAUUUGAAACUUGGGUGUUUCAGUCACUCAGAAACUAAAAGAUGUUUAAUGAUCCCUGUAGUAGUAAGCUU